GUGGGCUUCUUAUGCCGUUUCAAAGCUCCAUUCUGCCCAUGGGCUCUCCUUCUCCAUCAAGUUAAUCUGGCCCAUUGUGGUCCGCAAUAGAGGAGAUUUGGCCUGACAAUGUAACCGUGUAAAAGAGAUUUACAGAAUAAUGGAGCGAUGCAAAUUGCUUCGCGAAAAAAACGCUAAAUAGGCUGAAUAACUGAAAAAAGCCGGCGACACAUCGCUAAUAUAACCUGAGCUUACAUUUUGAAACAGUUUGGCCAAAUGAACUGUGUAUGCGCCACGACGUCUCGGAAUUGCGCAUAGGGGAGAACGCGAACGAAGAACCCUGCCCUUUCCAACAGGUUUUAAAGCGAAUCGGACCACAAAAAUACUCACGAAUAAUAAAAACACGGCGUUUCUUAAGUGAUCUUGGGGAUAUUUAGGGCACAGUCUCAUUUUAACGGUUAGAUGUAUCUUGUAAGACACUGUGGAUUUGGUGAUGCUCGUCCUGGCAAUAGCUUCGUGCGUUCCCGAACACAUGCAUCCACAAUCUUCAGUCAUAAGCGGUGUUGACGUGUGUGAAACGAUCAUAACACGUCUCUCUUCGUCAUCGUGAAUUUCCCCGUGACUUGUCUUUCUUGGUUUACAGACUGUCUUUGCUAAACUUUUGUGUCAACUUUUGCAUUGUUCACCCAAAUCUGGCCCGCCGUUUGCACCCACUUGAGAUGUUUUGAUGGGGACUUCCUCUGUAUGCCUUCACAAAUUGAAGUUUGCAAAGAAACUUUUCCAAGUUUGGUAGAUGCAUCGCUUGACUUCGUAUCCCCGCGUGGACGUCAGAAUUUGUUUGUCAGAUGUGUGAUAAAAAUGUUGUUUUUGUUUCACGUGUGUUGAUGGACAAACGCGUGCACGCUUUUGUAAACAACCAGAUGACCAAAUCUUUAGCAGGGAUGUGUUUUUUAAUUCAAUCAUGGUGUGAUAAUAACGACGUUGACAUGUUUAUCAGCAUCAGAAGGGACUGGCACGGAUCGUGUGCCUAUCAGUUUAAAUGAUUAUUUUUUCCGGUCACGUGGCCAAAGUGCCUCAGAUGCUUUUUGGAGCUGAUGGUCAUUUUAAGACGUGCACGGGUUGCACAGUUAACAAUGAAUUCGCGGCGAAUUGCAACUUAUUCUUCAGCAUUUGUGUCGAAUCGUCGGGCGAUAGUUGUAUCGGUUAUUUCAAGCCAGCUGAAAUGAAGUUUUUGAGGGAGGUUUUUUGCUCCCCGAUGAAUGCACAAGCGUAGUUGAGGAAGCCUAUUGCAUAGGCCAGGGGUUUUUCAACCUGUGGGUGGGGACCCACUUGUGAGUCACACAGUGGCAUGAGGUUUGUUAAGACCUAGCGGAGAUGGAGGCUUGUCACACUGAAGAUCAGGAAAACCUGACCAAUGACAAAUGGUGUCAGACGGAGACACUCCAGGUCUACACUUGCCAAACAACACAAACCCCUCAAGAGCCUUGUGGAAAUAAUCCAGAGCAUUUGAUCGAGCCCGGUGAUCCACCACUGCUUCAACAACAGCUCCAGACCUCCAAGUCAGGCAUUCUUCAAAUCAUUGAGUGUUUUCGCUCAGGUACAGCUCAACUCAAACAUAUGCUGUUGAAGGAAGUCGACACCAUAUUUGAGUGCAAACGCUGUCGAAGUCUUUUCCGUGGCCUACCAAAUCUGGUCACACACAAGGAGUUUUACUGCUUUUCACGGCAACCUCAGUCAGAUGAUCCCUCAGAAGGCGGGCAGAGCCAGACCAUCAAAGAACUUCUUCAAGUUAUCUAUCCUCAGAAAGACAGCGAGGAGAGUAUCAUUCAGCUUGAGGCCAUUGAGACCAACCCCAACGCCUUGUUUCAGCACGUGUCACAAGUCGACGAUCAGGACGCACCCGAAACCCCAACCAUCGCCCCCACUGCCGAGAACUCAGUACCUGUGAAGAAGAAUCGCCGCAAAUCUAUUUUGGCACCCAAAAAGAUCCAGCAGUCAGACAUUGAGGAGGAGAUCCAAAACGAACCUGAAGAACCGCCCUCUAAAGAAGGCCCAAGCUCCGAAGAGCCAGAAAAGACUGAACAGCCCGAAGCGGAGGAUGAGGAAGAAGAGAAUGCCACCUCUGAAGUGAAAGAGUUGAGAAUUUCGUGCUGCCUUUGCGGGAAAGACUUCAAUUCCAGACGCAGCAUUCGCCGUCAUUGCCGUAAAGUGCAUUGGCAGAGGCUGGAGGAGUUGCGCAAGUUCACGGAAACACGCACGGUUCCCAUCAGCCUGCUUUCGGUGGUAAAAGACAAGUGUUCGGUUGUUGAACCUACUCCAUCUCCUGGGAAGAGCUGCCCUGUGUGCAAAAAGUCUUUCGCCACCAAGGCCAACGUCCGUCGGCACUUCGACGAGGUCCAUCGCGGUUUAAGGCGGGAUAGCAUCACGCCGGAAAUCGCCACUAGACCUGGCCAGCCUCUUUCACUCAGUCUUCCCGCACCGAAGCCCCCGAGCCAUCCUCCGAAGGAGGAACAGCCGCAGGCACAGAACAACCUGACAAACUGCCGCUGCAAGCUGUGCAAGAGGAAGUACAGCUCGCAGGUGAUGCUCAGGAGGCACAUGCGGAUCGUCCAUAAGAUACACACCCUUGAGAACGGCUCUACCGCCAACCGCAGUUUAUCCAAACAGAAAGCCAAAACAAAGCACAACAAAAAAGAUAAAAAGAAGGAUGGCACUCACAGUAAAAUGGCGAAGUCUACUGAGGAGAACAGCAACAACGGCGUGAGUUUCGACUUCAGACGGAUCUACUGCUGGUUGUGCAAACGUCAGUUUAGUACCGGUCAGAAUCUGAGAAAGCACAUCGCUGAGCUGCACACGGACGGAACGGACAGCAUCUACAUAAAGUUCUACCGCUGCCCCAUCUGUCGAUACGAGUCGCGGCGGAAGCGCGACGUCAUCCGUCACAUUACGGUGGUACACAAGAAGUCGUCGCGGUAUCUGGCUAAGGUCAUGCCUGCUUUGGAGAACCAGGCGGUGAAGAAGCCAGCCGACGCCAUUUUAAGCAGCAACAAGAACACUAAUUCAAAAGAAGAGGAGAGACAUACUGACAGUGAUGAGCAAGACCCACCGGCAUCCCCAGAAAUUGAUCAACAAGAUCCUCCCAAACCAAAAAAACAAGAAUCCCCAACCUCACCCAACACUCGAAAGAAUUCUGCUCUCACAUCACUGAACACGGGCAAACAAGACUCUCCGCUCACCCCAAACACAUACAGGCAAGAAAAUAACCUUCAGGUGUCCAAGAACCCACAUGUGACUCGGAGUCAUAAUAUUAUGAAGGGGGCGCCCACGACUAGAAGCCAGGAGUCUUGCACGGAGGUCAGGGUGACGAAAACCUUUUCCCUCCACGCGUGCGAUAUGUGUGGCCGCGCUUUCGCCAAAAAGGUCUACCUUGAGACACACAGACGAAGGCAUAAGACUGCCAUCACAAGUGGGAACAAACUACAAGGAAGAAGCACUCGAUCAAAGGCCCUUAUUUAACUGAUUUUUUUCUCUGAAUACGUAGCACAUUUGCACUGGUUUCCAUGGAUGGGUUUAUCUCCUUGUGGAAGAAGAGGAGGUCAUAUGGACAAGCUUGGGAGUAGAAAGCCGAGGAUAACUUUCGAGUAUGAAUUGAGCAUGAACUGCACCAAAAAUUGCAUUUCCAGCUUUCUACUCUGGAGGGCGCUGUUACAAAGGUUAUGUUAUCCACCAUCCAAAAUGAAAUGUAUCUUCAUUUGAGGUUCAAUAUCAGUUUCUGGCAUUGUGUUUAGUAUUGGUGUUGACGACGUGUUUGAUCAACUUUUGGAAUGAAUUUGUUUGUACACGGAUUAUACCACAGUUGUUUUGUAAUCCCUCCGACAGUCUUAAACACAAAAAGAAUGUUUCAUAAAGGAGGGGGAGCUGACUAUAACUUCUUUGAAAUGUACAGCAUGUCUAACUAAUGUUAAAUAACCAUAAGUAGAUAAAUAAAUGUAAGUGCUUCAUGUUUUGUUGACGCGCGAUCACCUCUCUAAUCAACUAUAUGGAUUGAAUUGCUGCUAAUUCAUUAGAAAUGUACUCUCAUAUUUCUUCUGCCCUUUAAGUCAAAGCCUAAACAUUAAGCUGCUCAGGAUGUCUUUCUUAAGAAGUUAGAUUGGUUUAAACAGCUAAAACUUUGUGUUAGUCUAACUAAAGUUGCAUAUGACUGAAAAGAAAUAGAAUGCUGUUGACUUUGUUUAGUUUGCUAGCUUACUAAUAACUACAGUUAUUAAGAAAAUGAUUUUAUUUGCUUCCAUUAUGCUUUCAAAUAGUUAUAAUGAUGUAACUGGCAUUUAAGCAAGUUCAUUUCAAGUACCGUUUUGUUUAGUUGGAGUGCAUGCUGAAUGCUUUCAACCCUUAGUUUGUGAAUGCCAUAGGACCUUUUUUUUAAUGCCAAAACCUAGAUUUAUUCUGACGGGGUGCUGCACUCCUUUUUAUUUGCAAAAUCCUUGCUUGCAGUAGGAUAUUUUGGUCAAAUAAAAAUAAUUAAAAAGCUCA